UCUGGUUUAGAAGACACGGACUCUCCAAAACAACCCCCCCCCCCCCCCCCCCUUACCUUCCCUGUCAGGCUGCUGGUUGGUCAGAAAAAGGUGAAAUUCUGAAAGAAACAGGGGCCGCCCUCUCACUUGCUCAUACACACACGUGCACACACACACAGAGACACACACACAUGCUCCUCCCCCUGCACUCCUCAAGAGUUUUCUAGGAAUUGUGUGUCGCAGCAGGGGCAGAUGAGAGGAAGUCGCCGUAUGGACCGAGCUGCAGACGCCAUUUCCGUGGUUACGGGUCUCGCCCGGGGUGUGACCUCCUGGCGGCUCUCCGGUGCCUGUCUCCCACGUCGCUCACUGUUUGCCUUCUUGGUUAAUGUGUCACGACCGGCUCUGGAGCUGCUUAUUCCAUGGCCCCGAUACACUGAUCCAGGGUCAGUGUCACAGGACCCUGCCUCUGCAGGAUGGGAACAGAUGGAAAGCCCUCCCUUUUGAUAUAUCAAGAUCAGCGUUUUUUGGAAUACCUUUUGAUGGUGCUUAAACAUUGAUGGAGACUAUUUUGAGGCAAAUGGACGGACACGAUCAUUUCUAAGGCAUGCUGCGGCUCCUAGUUCAGCUGAAGUUCCCCGUGUGCUGAAGAUUUAUUUUAUUUUAUUAUUCCUCCUAAGAAACGAAAAAUUGUUUGUCUGACUCUGCUGAAUUUUGCUUGGCUUGAAAUGAAACAUUUCCCCAGAAGCUGACCUCCCUGAGCAGAGGAAGGCAUGUGGUUUUGCUGUGGCUACAUGUGGCUUCUGUGGAACGGAUCCCAGAGAGACCCUACGGUGCUUUGCUUUCUUUAAUUUUUACACCUCCAGAUGGCAGCCAUUUCUGGAUUAUUUUUUUAAAGAUUCAUCAUUUUUGUUUUGGUCCUACCCUGGAUGUGAAUCAUACUAAAGCUUUUUUCCCCCCACUUCUUCCCCCCUCUGAUAGUUGUGGAUCGGGUUUCAGAGGUGCAGUAUUGACCUUACCGGAGAGAGAAGACGGGGGCUUGGACAUGUGGGGGAUUUCCCACUGGGGCAAAGGGGCAUGUUGGAGGAGGGUGUACUCACAGUCAUUCCCCCACCCAUGUUUACUUUGUAGCUCGACUGUUCCCUGGUUGUAAAAGCGUGGAGCUACCGAUCGAUCUGAAGACAGACACGCCUUGGACUGCGCUUAUCACCGGGGUAAGCCCUCCCUUGCAAUCCGGUGGUGCCCUGCGUUUCAAAUGGAGAUAAACAAGGCUCGCUCGUGCAGCAGGGUAACUGAAGGUCGCGUGUGUCUCCAUAAACUCUGAAUCGGCCAGCCGUCGUUCCCCGAGGCAAGCUGAAGUGGAGGACUCCCCGGGAGAGGAAGCCUGAGGUCUUCUGCCCGGACUCACGCAGGACUGUCGGUUCGGUUUGGUUUGGACAGCAGAUAACAAUCGUCGAUAACAAUACAGGAGUCCCAGUCAGCCAGUAACCUCAGCUACAGAAGAGAGAGAGAGCACGAUAUCUAGGAGAGAGAGAUAUUAGAGAGAGGGAUAUCUAGGAGACGGAGAUAUUGGAGAGAGUGCGAUAUCUAGGAGAGAGAGAGAUAUUGGAGAGAGUGAGAUAUCUAGGAGAGGAGGGAAGAUAUCUCGGAGAUAGAGUGAGGGGGGAGAGAGUGUGAGAGAGAGAGGUCUAGCAGAGGGACUGGAGUCAUUCAACAGGAGACAUCAAGAACGUUGCCCAGCGGAGUGACCCCAGCAUCUAGAUUCUUCAGCUCCUGGUAAACGGGUCUCUGAGACCUGGGAUCACAGACGGGACCGUCGUUGACCGUGCGCGGCCGUCGGCGGGGGGAGGGAGCGGACUGGUUUUUCCUCCCAAGCUGUGGAGUGUGUGGCCGUCGCCGCGACGGUUGCAGAAGAGGACGAUCGUCGGGUUUCUUCGACCGGCGCGACAUGCAGGCCUUGGCGGACUCGCUGGCUGACUGGGAGGCCUUCUUGGAGCUGGACGAGGCCCUGAAGGACUGGCUACUGCUGAGCCCGUCUCCAGACGAACAGACCCAUCCUGAGUGGGAAUACUGGGAUUGGGACUGGGAGUCUGAGGAGAUUCCUGCUGUCUUGAGUCCCACGUAUAAGCAGCGCAAUGAGGACUUCAGGAAGCUGUUCAAACAGCUGCCCGACACGGAGCGUCUCAUUGUGGAUUACUCCUGUGCCUUGCAAAGGGACAUCCUGCUGCAGGGGCGGCUCUACCUCUCCGAAAACUGGAUCUGUUUCUAUAGCAACAUCUUCAGAUGGGAAACGCUGCUGACGGUGAGGCUGAAGGACGUCUGCUUCAUGACGAAGGAGAAGACGGCGCGCCUCAUCCCCAACGCUGUUCAAGUUUGCACUGACACGGAGAAGCACUUUUUUACCUCGUUCGGGGCGCGGGACAGGACCUACAUGAUGAUGUUCAGGCUCUGGCAGAACGCGCUGCUGGAGAAGCCUCUGUGUCCCAAAGAGCUGUGGCACUUUGUGCACCAGUGCUACGGAAACGAGCUGGGCCUGACCAGCGAUGAUGAGGACUACGUGCCACCGGACGAUGACUUCAACACCAUGGGGUACUGCGAGGAGAUCCCUCCGGAGGAGAACGAGGUGAACGACAACAGCUCUUCGAAGAGCAGUGCGGAGGCCCGGACGGACAGCAGCCCGCAGCUGCCCAAGAAGUCCCUGACGCAGAGCACGCUCGCCUCCACCGGCAGCAGUGAGCUGCCCCUCUCCUUUGACCUCCCGCCAGAGGAGUACUCGGACUGCCUGCCGGACGGGGACCUCCUCGCGCUCCCGCUGGCCGAGGAGAGGAGCAGCGAGUCCAGCGUCCCCCCGCCCCCGCCCUCGCUGGACUUCAACGACAACGAGGACAUCCCCACCGAGCUCAGCGACUCCUCUGAGACGCACGAUGAAGCAGGGGAGGUCCAGGCCUUCCAUGAAGACCUAAACGGACGGCAGUACAUCAACGAGAUCUACAAGUUAAGCGUGGACAAGUUGUAUGGCAUCCUCUUCACCGAGUCUCAGUUCAUGAAUGACUUCAUGGAGCAGCGCAGGUUCUCAGAUGUGGUGUAUCACCCCUGGAAGAAGGAGGGGGAGGGCAACCAGACACGGGAAAUCCUGUACACCAUCUCCCUCUCCAACCCGCUGGCCCCCAAGACCGCCACCGUCACGGAAACGCAGACGCUCUACAAAGCCAGCCAGGAGAGUGAGUGCUACAUCAUCGAUGCUGAGGUCAUCACGCACGAUGUGCCGUACCACGACUACUUCUACACCCUCAACCGCUACAUGCUCACACGGGUGGCUAAGAACAAGUGUCGUCUGAGGGUUUCCACGGAGCUCCGCUAUCGCAAGCAGCCCUGGGGGCUGGUGAAGGGCUUCAUCGAGAAGAACUUCUGGAGCGGCCUGGAUGAGAACUUCCGCCAUCUUGAGAUCGAGCUGUCCAAGGUGGAGGAGGUGCUGCUGACGGAGUCGCCCAAGGCCAAGGCCUCCCGGACGUCGACGCAGCGGCGCAGGAAACGACCGCUGGUGCACCUCCGCGCCCAGCACCUGGAGGAGGCACUCAGCCCCGUCACCACGCCCACCGACGACGAGAUCACACACCGCAUCAAGCACGUGGCAGGUCAGAGACGUGUGGCAGGUUCCACUCAAACGCGGCAAGUUCCAGACCAUAUCCCGGGUGGCUUUGCCCUCUACAGCGUGUCCAAGCUCCUGUUGAUCAUCAGCUUUGUUCUGCUGCUGCUGGUGUUCCUGAACAUGAUGCUGUUCUAUAAGCUGUGUCUGCUGGAGCACAGUGCCCAGAGCCUCACGGCCUGGCAGGGCCUCCGCCUCCAGGAGAGUAAAUUGCCGCAGACUCAGUUGGAGUGGGCCCAGCUUCUAGAGUCUCAGCAGCGUUACCAUGACACCGAGCUGCAGAAGUGGCGUGAGAUCAUCAAGUCUUCAGUCCUGCUGCUGGACCAGAUGAAAGACUCUCUGUUGAACUUGCAGAAGGGCGUUGGCCUAAGGGACUACAGCUCGGAGGCGGAGGAGAAGAGGAGCCGGUACCACUGAGCACCGGUCCCCGCGCUCCGCGGGGAAGCCGUGCAAUACAGGACUACGCAUGUCUAAACGUGCAGAGCUGGGGAGGAGGGCGGGACCCCCCCCGCCCGGCCGGGCCAGACGGAGGGGCCCGGCCACCGCCGCUCUCCGACCUCCGACCUCCGACCUCCGACAGGAAGCGCCCCCAAACCCCCCCCUCCCCCCGCGCCCCCCGCCGCCAACAGGAAGUGCGGGGCCCUCGGCAUCGCGGGGAGACCGCAGUGCCAGUCGCCCUGGGGGCCCACCGCUCCUCCUUCACAUUUUUUUUGUUUUUAAAAUCUUUUAUUUGAUCUCCUUUCUUUUCUAGUGUUGUACUGUAAAGCUGCUAGCUAGCACACUCGGGUAGAGGGGAGGGGUAAUGCGCACUGUAGCCGUGAUUCUGUCCUAAACCCGUUUUCCGUGCAGGACUUUAGCUCCGCUCCCUGCUCCGGUGUAGCCGUCUCAGAUGAACAGAACAAAAGAGAAAUGAAGAUGAGGAUAGGUUUUCCUUUUAGCAGAUCUCGCCCCCACAACCCCCCUGACAUUCAGGACCCCCCCCGACUGCGCCCCUCAAAGCCGACACUGCAGUAUCCCUUUGUUCAUUUUCCAAAUACGGGACCAGGUCAAUUACCUUACAAGUAUUGUGCUAAUUCAACAAUCUCUUCUAUCGAGAUAUGAAUGCAUGAAGAAGUCAUAAUGUUCACGCACAAACAGUAUAUACACACAUUUGCAUGCACACAUAUUAUACUGUAUAUAUACAAUAUAUAUACAUAUAUGCAUAUAUACAUUAUAUAUAAAUGUAAUGUGUAUAUAGACAGUAUCUAUCAGUUUAUGUAUACAUAUAUAUAGAUUCUUAUUUUUUAACAGAUAAACAUUUUUUUACCAGGUUUCCAUGACGCAUCAGGGGCUGGUUUCCCUGACAAUGGCUUACCGGGGUAGUGUGUUUCUAGGUAUUUAUAAAACACGGCUAAGGAUUCCUAUGAAUUGACGAGGCGUUUAUGUGCAUGGUUAAGUGAUGCGGGGAAGAGCAGAGCCCUGUGGCUGCUCACAGUGGAGGGGAAGAGGACACAGUCAGGCCUUGUUCAUGCUCAAACCCCAUACGGUUCACCAAUCACAUUUCAGUACAUCCGAUGUGUGUGCUUGUGUUCACGCAGCAUAUGCUAUCAGAUUGAAUGUCUCUGGGCUGUUCCAUCCAGCUUGACAGCCCUGGAAUCCCUGGGACGUUUAACGUUUAAAUCCAACACCGGCCGGUCAGAGUCUGACCUGGACUGCGUGCGUGCUGGUUCAGAUCCCGGUUCGGAUGCAUCUGAUCCACGCAAGAUCUCUUGUGUUAGGACCUCGGUCCUCCAAUGUUGGAUUGGUCAGGAAAUGUGCUGCUUCGAGUACAGAUGCACUCAGAAGGGCAGAUACGGCAGACAUUAUGAGUGUGAAUGUGAGUAUCUAAUACUGGCUCUAAUUGAAUCAGACGGGGUACAAUUGGCUACCAAAUUUGGAGAAAAAGGGAAAAAUCAGAAAUAAAUGUAUUAAAAAAAAAAAAGAAAACACUGGCCAUUCCAUGCGCAUUAGCGUGCAUCACGCGAGCAUUUGUGUCAGCCGAACCCCCUCACUGACAUGGUCUCACCCCCAUUUCACGACCUGAACUUUGUGUCUUAAUUUUGGAGGAUUUGGAGGGUCACAUGUUGACUCAACCCUCAUUUCUGGACUUUCCAUUGAGUUUUUAAAGGACAACACCACAAGGAUUCACUCUCAAGACGCGAUCUGUGCAGAGAGAGAGUGAAAAGCAUCCUCCAAUUUGGUAGUUUCUGGAUUUUUUUUAUUUGCAGUGGUUCUACUGCUAUGACCAGGUUUCUGGUGCCCUCAGUAAUAUCGUUCAGAACAUUUUACAUGGUUAAAUGUUAAUAUUUGUACGGUGAAACUACUGCAGUUAAAUGAGGGGAGAUAGAUGGUUACAUAAAGUAUUUUUGUAAGAAGCCAUUUUCAAGAGUUGUUUAGACAAAAUGCAAUCAUCAGGAAUAUUGAAUCACAGUAACAUACCGCAUCAGGACUAUUGAAUCACAGUUACAUACCGCAGAUCUUGGCCUGCCUAGCUUGGCACUGAUUAAUGGGCAGGUUGAGUUUUUUCACCUAAAACAAAAAUCCUCAUGUGACUGUUUUAUGUCUCCUUAAAUCUUAAGAGUGACUACAUUUGCAUUAAUUUCCUAUACAUGGUAAAAAAAAAAAAAAAAGGAAAUGAAGGUAAAUGUAUAUUUAUCAGAUUUGGUCGAGAGAAAUAUAUUAGUUCCGCCAUGAAGGAGUUAUAUAAUGUGAAGUGGGUGAAUAGGGCAGAAAGAAAACCACAGUGAGUGAGAUAUCCAAUCAUUCUUAGCAGAAAAGGGGAUACUGCAGCAAGACUAUUUGGGUGACCAGUGUAAUUCCGUGUUUGAAUGACUAAACUGUGAAUAUUGCUCUUGAAAACGCUUGAAGAUUGAAAAAUAAUAUAUGAUAUAUAUUUUAUGUAUAUGCAUAGUGUAUAUACACAAAUACAUGGCUAUAAUGCAGAUAUUUAUUGUUAAUUUAUGUAUAUAGAAAACUUAGGGGUGCUGGCAUGGAGAUACUGGAGGGGAAAAGAGGGGUGCCCGGACAUGUCUGUGACAUGCACUUUCCCACACAUGCCCAUGUCUCUUCAUUUCACAAUCGAUGCAUGUAGACUCGCACAGCCAAACUGCCUUUAUUUGUGCUCACGCAUCCGGACAUAGCCUCGUGUUCGUCGCCCUGGCAGCUGUGUAGAGCUCGCCCCUUCUUGGACAGUCCUGCCAUCCGCAGAGGGGGCACGUUGUCCCGGAAACCGCUCUCUUUUUCUACGGGACGGUGUGCCCGGCGCGAUAGGGACUGCCCCCCCCCCCCCCCCCCCCCUCUGUCUCUAAACUCUUAAAAACUACCUAAGGUUCAUCAUGUAGUCUCCGAUCACCGUGAGAACAUUCCAGAUUAAUGUGGCCUCUUCAUCCUGCUGUUUUCCAAUGUGCACUUUUGUUCUUUUUUUCCCCUCUCCCUUCAGCCAUUCGCCACUGUGCUUAUGGUUUCAGACAUCCAAGGUGUUUCUUGGGAAGUACCUCUUUGCAUUUGUCUGGCAAUUGGUGGCCUGGUGGAACUUACUAUUUUGUAUUAUUUUGGUAUACGUGAAAUCAGUCCAGGCAGACUUUGUGCUAGUUGCAGUAUUGGAAAUAUGUGCUCUCCACAUGACACCCUUUUAAUCACCCCUGAUUGAUGUUGUGUGAUGAUGCCUUUAAAGUAAUGCGGGAAAUGUGAACGGUUGUAUUUGAUGUGGACAUGAAGUCAACGAGAUAUUAAGGAAAUGUAUUGCUUUUCCGUUCACUGGUAUUGACAACUGCAUGUAAACAGAUUCACUGUCCGCUAGAAGGGUAGUCUCACUGUUUUGGAUUAAAUAUAAUCCCUGACGUUCAUAGACGAAAGGGCUACUUGUUUUACCAGCGAUGAUUUCCUUUGCAUCAGGAAUUCUGUUCCUAUUCAUUAAUGGAGGCGUUAGCACAGUGGCUGGUGCUGUCUAGGGUUGCCACAUUUGAUUUGUGAAAAACCGGGAUAUUUGACGCGCGAUAUUUGCAAAUAUGCUGUUAACAGUUGUAGGGACUCCCUAUUGCCUCUCUUACCUCUAUUUGUCCUGACGUAGAUGCACUCUGUGGCAACCAGAGGGGGAAUCAGGGAGAUGUGCAUAUAAUUUAGAGUGAGACACAAGACCGUUAAAGUUUUAAGCACUCAAAAGGCUCAAACAAAAAUGAAAACAUAGGUUCUUCCCCUCUUCUGAGGGUAUUAAGGCACCUAUGCGCAGUCACCAGCCCCACGGGGUUCCUCGUCUGACCCUGACGCAGUUGCACUCUCUCUGGACUCUGUCUGCUGCUGUCCCUUUCUACAAUAAAUACAGAUUUAAAAAUAAUGGGAUCGGUGAAGUGAAUGCACGCGCCGGACUGACUAGGUGAUAAGGUAAACUUUCUUAUUUCUGCUACCAAUUAAAAAGAACUAUAGGCAUGUGGCCAAUCGUCGCUGUGUUUUACUAAUUUUUACCUGUUUACAGACAGGGGAUUCGAUGUCUAAAGUACAAAAAAAAGAAAGAAUAGUCAUUUUCUGGGGCAGUCGUCGCUCAAAAAAGAACCAUCCCGGGAAAACCAGAACGUGUGGCAACCCUAGUCUCCACCACAAUUGUGCUUUCAUAUUUUACUGAAAUUUUACCUCCAGUUCUGAAGAUAUCUAGAUUAAAAUGUGCACCUUAUACUGGAAAAGGAUAUAUUUGGACUGUAUUUGUGGAACAAAUACAAUCCACUCCCGUAAGUGUAAUUGCAGGAAAUUCGCUCCUCCCCUAAAUGUGACACCGCUGAUGCUAAUGCAGACAUGUUGGUUCAUGAUGCUUUGUCCCAAACACCAAUACAAGCAAGACUGAAUCAAACACGGUGCGGCUAUUGCGAAUGUGUAAUGUGAUUAGUGCUUCCUCUCUUAAUCUGUGAGUUGGAAGUGUUUUGAUGUUGAGGAUAACUGAUGCAGAAGGGAACCACUCUGGUGUUAGCACUCUUGGUCUCUGGGUCAGUUUAACAGCAUCACGUAAGCAGAACGCCUUUGUGCAGGGCUGAGUGCAGACUGCCACCGAUUAAUACAAUAUAUGCGUAAUUACGCAUUCCAUCACUACUUCAGUCAACAAUUCAUCUUGGGUUUGUAAGCUAAAGUAGUAUUGUUGAUUUUUUUUUUUUUUUCAUUAAUCAGUAUCAUAAUGAAAGCCAAAUCAUUUCCUUCUGCCACCCUCUGCCAUCCCACCACAAAUAAGUUUUUGCCGGAGUUGACGGCAUUGUUGCUGAUACUUUUAAUCAGGUCCUCUCUUGUCAGUCUCCCGUCAACAACGUGUCUCUGUAAAGAGGCAGCUCAGCGAGUGCUGAGAAAGAUUAAACAAGUGCAAUUUAUCGAGGAAGAAGAAGAAGAAGGGCCGCUGAGAUGUAUGUGGCGUUUUAAAGGAAAAGGCAAUUUCUUGCAUUACCGAAUGGCUCUGCGCGUCGUUGGCUGGUUAGCCUUCAUGUGGAAGUAACGGAGGAGCAUCUGUAAAUCCUGUUUUAGCAUAAUUCAAAAGCCAGUCAGCGCGUGAACAUCCGCCACAGAAGGUAACCGUGCACCCUAGAGGUGGAACAGAGGUUAGAACAGCAGCUAAGUCGAGGCACCAAACUUCCUUUGGUAGAACAAAGAACAAAUCAGUAUGGUGAAUAUUUCUCAUUUCUGGCCUAGUAUUCGUCAUUGGUUAUUAAUGAUAGUACCAUGAGAACUCUCGCCUCAUACCUGUGAAUGCAGCAUAUUUAUGUCAUCUUAUGCAUAAACCUUGAGUAUCGGGAUAUUAUUGAGGGAUCAGAAAACAGCAGCAAUGUGUUGACGUGAUGGUAUCGGAGCUCCCUCUCUCAUCAGGAACUGUUAUUCUGUGUAAUCGUUAGCAAUGAAAUGUAGAUCCUGACCGUAUUGAAAGUGACUAUUGCCUCUGUAUUAAUGUAACUCAAUUUUCCUCAAGCACUGACAUGGUCCCUAACAAGCAUCUGAUGUUAUAGAACCAGGGUAAUUACACUGUAAUAAUGUAGGAGUGUGUUGCAUGGCUGUGUAUGCUGGGCACCGGCUGAGUUAGUUCACCUUAUUGUGUCAGGGUGAAAAUGUCACUGUAAGCCUAUAGCUGCACAAAGCAUUAUUAAUAGCUUUGUAACAAUGUGUACUGACAGGACACUGACAAUGUUUACUGGGUAACUGCAUAGGGUGAACACAUUUAAUUAUAUUUUUGCAAACUAUUGA